AUGGCAGGAACUAGUGGAAUGCCGGUAAGUUGUUUUUAUGAGUUUAUUGAUAUUGUUUUAGGGCAAUUUUCAACAACAAGAUUCAGCAGCUGCCCAACAGAAGGCUAAUGAACAGGAAUUGAUGAAACAGAGUAUUUUGAGUCAAGUAGGUUGUUUUACAGUUGAUCUUUUGUCUUUAGGUGCUGAAAAUGGAUUCAAAAGCUGGUUUGAAAUGUUUUUAAGUUUCGUAUAUAAACGUCAAAUUAUUAUUCAUAGCUCUUUCUGUUUCAAAAAGUUUUUUGAGCAUAUGGGUUAGCAAUAUCGUUUUCUACUGCUUCUAUUAUAAUAGAUUGAAAGUUGACAUUAUUAACUCUGUAUCUUGCUUUUGAAGGCGUAGUUUUUAGUAUUUUAUUGAUUUUCAAAUUUAUAUUAUUAUACGGAACUUAUUAGGUUUAUUUUACUUUUAGGUGUUGGACCAAGAUGCUCUGGCGAGAUUAAGCAAUUUAGCAGCAGUAAAACCUGACAAAGCUCGUGGAGUAGAAGCCAUGAUCAUUCAGAUGGCGAGAACGGGACAGAUUGGAGGAAAACUUGACGAUGAAGGGUUCAAGAAGAUUUUAAACCAAGUUUCAGCAGCUUCGCAGAAAGUUACCACUGUUAAGGUGAGUUUAUUCGACCAAGUUUAUUCUUCAUUGCACUUUUUAACAUUAAUUGUAAGUUUACUUCCGUAUGCCAAUAUUUUAGCCACGACAAUAUAUUAUAAUACUUUAUUAACAAUUUAUUCAUUUUAGUUUGACCGACGAAGAUGUGCCUUAGAUUCGGAUGAUGAUGAUUAUUGA